CUCUCUCUCAGUGUGGCUCCGUUGAGGCUCCUAGUAUGAUCCAGGUCUCAUUUCAGUGAUGAAAGUCUUUCUGCACCUCUCAACCCUCCUGGCUUCCAUGACCUUGCUCCAGAUUGCAGCAUCGGCCAGAAACACUCCAGCUGCCAGAACUGCCACCAUCCGUGUCGCAGUGGAUGAAGUCAAGUUCUGGGUCAACAAGGCCUUCCUGGAAUCCCGGGCCAGGCUGAAGACCGCCUUGAUCACCGGGGCGCUUAAGACUCGGCAGCUCUCGGCCUAUUUCAAGCAUGCCAAAGGCUGGACUCGCGCAGCCAUCCGCAGCGGGCAGGUGUGGGAGGAGUCUCUAAGGAAACUGAAGCAAGAGGUGUCCCUGACCAAUGUCACAGGCCAAGGCCUGAACUUGACUUUGCUCUCUUCGGAGGUGGGCUGUGAUUUCCCGGCCCCGCUAGCGAACUGCAACCCAAGCAGCCCUUACCGGACCAUCACCGGAGACUGUAACAACAGGAGGAAUCCAGCGCUGGGAUCCGCCAACAGGGCGCUAGCUCGAUGGCUUCCCGCUGAGUACGAGGAUGGGAUCUCCCUCCCCUUCGGGUGGACGCCGGGGACCAAGCGGAAAGGCUUCUCUCUGCCCCAGCCCCGUGAAGUCUCCAACCAGAUCGCCGGCUAUCUGAAUGAGGAUGCUCUGGACCAAAACAGAUCCCUGUUCUUCAUGCAGUGGGGUCAAGUCGUGGACCACGACUUGGACUUCGCCCCUGAAACUGAGAUGGGGAGUGAUAACUACUCCAAAGCCUUGUGUGACGAACACUGCAUCCAGGGAGGCAACUGCUUCCCCAUCAUGUUCCCAACCGGUGACCCUAAACUGAAGACUCAGGGGAGGUGCAUGCCUUUCUUCAGAGCUGGGUUUGUCUGCCCUACAUCACCCUACCAAUCCCUGGCCCGAGACCAAAUCAAUGCUCUAACCUCGUUCAUGGAUGCUAGCUUGAUAUACAGCGCCGAGCCAAGCCUGGCAAAUCGACUUCGGAACCUCAGCAGCCCCUUGGGCCUCAUGGCUGUCAAUGAGGAGGUCUCAGACCAUGGGCUGCCCUUCCUGCCUUUUGUCAAAGUGAAACCCAGCCCCUGUGAGAUCAUCAACACCACUGCUGGUGUGCCCUGCUUCUUAGCAGGAGACUCCCGAGCCUCGGAGCAGAUCUUGCUGGCCACGACCCACACGCUGUUUGUCCGGGAGCACAACCGGUUAGCCACAGAACUACACAGGCUCAACCCACAUUGGGAUGGGGAGACGCUCUAUCAGGAAGCCAGGAGAAUCAUGGGAGCCUUCAUACAGAUUAUCACCUUUAGGGACUACCUACCCAUCCUACUGGGCGAUGAGCUGCAGAAGUGGCUACCCCCAUACCAAGGCUACAAUGAAUCUGUAGACCCCAGGAUUUCCAAUGUCUUCACCUUUGCUUUCCGCUUCGGCCACUUGGAGAUCCCCUCUACUGUGUCCCGUCUAGAUGAGAAUUACCAGCCGUGGGGUUCAGAACCCGAGCUCCCCCUGCACACUCUCUUCUUCAACACCUGGAGGCUGGUCAAAGAUGGUGGAAUUGAUCCCCUGGUCCGAGGCCUGCUGGCCAAGAAGGCCAAGUUGAUGCAUCAGAAUAAAAUGAUGACGGGGGAACUUCGCAACAAGCUGUUCCAGCCGACUCACACCAUCCAUGGCUUCGACCUGGCUGCCAUUAACAUACAGCGGUGCCGAGACCAUGGACAGCCUGGGUACAACUCCUGGAGAGAAUUCUGUGGUCUGUCCCAGCCCAGGACGCUCGAGGAGUUGAGUGCUGUGCUGGGAAACAAGCUGCUGGCCAAGAAACUGCUGGACCUCUAUGGAACCCCCGACAACAUUGAUAUCUGGCUAGGGGCCAUCGCUGAACCCCUAGUCCGUAGGGGUCGGGUGGGGCCUCUCUUGGCCUGUCUCCUGGGCCGACAGUUUCAGCGGAUCCGAGAUGGAGACAGGUUCUGGUGGGAGAACCCAGGGGUCUUCACAAAGAUGCAACGGGACUCCCUACAGAAGAUGUCCUUGUCGCGCCUGAUCUGUGACAACACAGGCAUCACCAAGGUCCCGCUGAACCCAUUCCAGGCCAACACCUACCCCGAUGGCUUUGUGGAUUGCUCUUCAAUUGAUAAGCUUGACCUCUCACCCUGGGCCUCAGUGAAGUAGAAACCUGUUGCCCAUGACUUCCUACAUGGCACAUGUCCAUGGUCCAAGAUGUCAUUUCAAACAAAUCCAAUGACCUGGUCCUUUCUAGUUGGACAUCCAAGUCCCAAGUCUUCAUUUCCUGGCUCCUCCAGAUGAUGGUCCACUCAAGGACAAAGG